GAAUGGCUGGAAGACAUACACGUUAAUGAGGAGAUCCAAAUAGCUGCUAACAUCGCUCUCGAGAGGUUUAAGUACAGUGACCAGAAAGAAAUGAAGUUUCCCAGUUCGUUGUACAGCACCGAGACGGCCUUUAUUCGUUGUAUGGCACAGUUUCAGGGGUACAGCUCCAAGAGCCAAGGGGAGGGAUCAAGGCGUUUUCUUAUCAUUAGGAAAAAAAGUACUGCCGACUCCAUCAUGGUAUUUAAACCGUCCCAUAACUCCAUGCAUGUCAUAUGUAGCCUACUACGGAGGUUUCCUGUCACAAAUAAGGAACUCGUGGACCUGCUGCCUUGCGAAGAGAGUGGGCUGUCCUUCACCUUUGGGGCUGAAAAAAGCCACGAUAAGAAUAAGACAAGUGGACGGCUGAACAGUGGUAUUCCACAGGUUCCCCAGAGAAGGCAACCAUCACAGUGGGAUGAUUUUCGGCGUUCCCUACCUGUGUAUGAACGUCAGGAGGAGAUUAUCCAGCUCAUUAAGGACAACAAGGUAGUUAUUGUGGUCGGCGACUCCGGCUCUGGAAAAACCACACAGAUACCACAGUUCCUUAUGGAUCACUGCAACAGUCGUGGGAUUCCGUGCAGGAUCUUGUGCACGCAGCCCAGACGUCUUGCAGCCAUUGCUGUUGCAGAGAGGGUUGCAUCUGAGCGAGGAGAGAGUGUUGGCCAGGCUGUUGGCUUUCAGAUCCGGCUAGAGAGUAGGGUGUCCCCUAAGACACUGCUGACCUUUAGCACAAGUGGAGAACUGCUCAGAACUCUAAUGUUGGGUGAUUCUGCCUUGUCAACUGUCACACAUGUCAUUGUGGAUGAAGUGCAUGAGCGGGAUGGUCUCACUGACCUUUUGUUGAUCAAGAUAAGUGACAUCCUGCUUGAGAUGCCCCAGCUAAGGCUCAUCCUUUCCAGUGCCACAAUGGAUCUGGACGUCUUUGUCCGCUACUUUGGCUCCUGCCCUGUUAUUCACAUCAGCGGGAGACCAUUUGAAGUGAAACAACUCUUUCUGGAGGAGAUUUUGAGGAUUACAGGCUAUGUCAGUAAAGAGAUGAUGAAAUGCAAGCUGGAGAUGCAGAAGAAGCAGGACUGUUUGAGUAAGUGGUUUAAAGCCCUGGAGAAUGGCUCUCAUCAGGGACACCAAAUGGGCAAGACAUCAACUUUGUUUUCUAUCCAGGACAAAUGCAUGAAGGAGGGAGGGGACAGUCGCUUCAAUGAGCUGACUGAGAAUAAUGAUGUGGCAUCAUUAGACCUUUGGGUACAAAAACAAAUGGACACCUGCAUCUCUAAUAUCUUUUUCAAGAAAGACACUGAUGCCUUCACUCAGCUGUUCAACCUGAUUCUUUAUGAAAAUAUCAGCGUUGACUAUAUGCACAGCGAGACCAGUGCCACUCCUCUGAUGGUGGCAGCAGGCAGAGGGUUUCUGACUCAGAUGGAACAGUUGCUCAAUAUGGGGGCAAGCAUGAUAAUCAAAGCCUCUAAUGGCUGGACUGCUCUAGACUGGGCCAAAUACUUUGAGCAGACUGAAGUAGUGGAUCGACUUGAAUCUCGCAUGUCCUUGCUUGAGUCGAGCAAACUGAGUGAAUCAUCACUGGAGCAGUUGGAGAGCACAUUCAUAGCCACUGAUGAUCAAGAGAUCCUAGAACUAUACCAUCACAGCUUUGAUGAUGAGAGAGUGGACCUUGAUCUCAUCAUGCACCUGCUGCUUGACAUCUGCACUUCUGAUGGUGGUGCUGUUCUGAUCUUCCUCCCUGGAUAUGAUGAGAUUGUGGCACUCAGGGACCGCAUCCUCCACGGUGAUAAGAGAUUUGCUGAACACUCACAAAGGUAUCAGGUGUUUAUCCUCCACUCCAACAUGCAGACUUUGGAUCAGAAGAAAGUAAUGAAAAAUCCUCCACCUGGUGUCAGGAAAAUAAUCCUUUCCACAAAUAUUACCGAGACAAGCAUCACCAUCAAUGAUGUUGUCUAUGUCAUUGACUCAGGAAAAACCCAAGAGAAGAUUUAUGAUGCACGAAGAAAUGUAACCAGGCUGAAAACGGUUUGGAUUUCUAAAGCCAGUGUUCAUCAGAGGAUGGGAAGAGCUGGGCGAUGCAAGCCAGGUAUCUGCUUCCACAUCUUCAGUCACCUCAGGUUCAACAAAAUGCUGGACUUUCAGAGCCCACGGCUGCUGUGGAUGCCACUGCAGAAACUGUGUCUUUACACAAAAUUGCUGGCCCCCAUCUCCUGUUCUAUAGCAGACUUUCUGUCUAAAGCUCCAGAACCACCAUCUUUGCACACAAUCAAAAAUACUGUGCAGAUGCUAAAGACAAUAGAUGCCAUAGACCUGUUUGAGGACUUGACAGACUUGGGUUAUCACCUGGUUGAUUUGCCAAUGGAGCCUCACCUGGGCAAGAUGGUACUGUGUGCUGUGGUGCUCAAGUGCUUGGACCCAAUCCUCACCAUUGCUUGCACACUAGCUCACCGGGACCCAUUUUUGUUGCCCAGCCAGGCUUCUCAAAAGCGGGCAGCUCUACUCCGUCACAGGCGUUUCACUGCUGCUACCUUCAGUGACCACAUGGCCCUGUUGCGAGCCUUCCAAGCAUGGCAGAAAGCCCAGAGGAAUGGCUGUGAGCGAGCUUUCUGUGAAAAGAACUUCCUGUCCCAGGCCUCAAUGGAGAUUAUCAUCAGGAUGAGAACACAGCUGUUAGGACAACUUCGAGCCAUCGGUUUUGUGAGGGUACAUGGGAGUAGUGAUAUCCGUGACAUAAACCUCAACUCAGAGAACUGGGCAGUUGUGAAGGCAGCAUUAGUGGCCGGCAUGUAUCCCAACUUGGUCCAUGUGGACCGUGAAACCUACAAUCUUUCAAGUAACAAGGAGGGGAAGGUCCACGUCCACCCAACCUCUGUCCUCAUUGAUCCUCAAUUCAGGAAGGAUACUCCAGACAAAGGACAAAUGGUGUCUAUCCAGGCUUUACCGACAGAUUGGAUAGUCUAUGAUGAGAUGACUCAUGACUGUAAACUAGCCACCAUCCGCUGUUGCUCUGUGGUUUCACCUGUCACUGUCGUCAUAUUUGGAGGCUGUGCCAGGUUACCCCGCUCUGCCUUGCAGGCACCAGGUAUUCAAAAAGACAGAACAUGGAAUGAUAGUAGUGACAGUGAGAUGGAAGAUGAUGCCACGUCUCAUCUAGCUCAGAUGAAGAUUGAUGAAUGGCUCAGCUUCCAAAUUCAUAAAAAGAUUGCAGGAGAGAUCUUCCAGCUGAGGCAGAAAUGGCACAGCCUGUUUCUCCGCAGGAUCCAUUCUCCAUCCAAGCCAUGGUCAGAGCAGGAUGGGGCCAUAAUUCGUUCUUUGGUGUCUGUUCUUACAGAAGAGGAACAGUCAGCAGGUCUGCAGCAGCCAACAGGCAUUGGCCAGUGGCCCCACCCCAUGUUAUCUGAGGAGCUGGAGCUUUCCCAUGUCCCUUCUUGUAAAAAAAUCAACAACAGAAAGACCCCAUGCUCUCAAGAUGCCACUAAAUUGGCCACUCCUACAAACGCUUCCAAUGACAGGUUGUUUAUACCCUCAACCAAUCUCGAAAUAAGGCCUCAAAGUAGAGCCGAGGGGUCACUACAUUCCAAAAACUUAUCAGAUGACCAUUCUAGCAAGUCUUCAUACCGUCCUUGCUUAAACAACCCCUCUAACAUUAGUUCUCCCUCCUCUUCAGAAAAGUGCUCCAAGUUACCAGCCCCGCAUCAAGCUCUUCUUCCAGUGCGCUACUUCAUAAUGAAGAGCAGUAACCUGCGAAAUAUUGAGAUUUCUCAGAAGAGAGGGCUCUGGUCAACCAUACCCAGCAACGAGUUCAAGCUCAACAAAGCCUUCCUGGACAGUAGUUUGGUCUUCCUCAUCUUCUCUGUUCAGGGUUCUCGGCAUUUCCAGGGAUAUGCUCGCAUGACAUCACUCAUUAGUCAGGAUCACAGCAAGGACUGGGGCUUCACAGGACUGGGAGGUGUUUUCUGCAUUGAAUGGAUCUGUAAGGAGAGUGUGCCAUUCCAAUGGUCCCAGCAGCUUGUCAACCCUUGGAAUGACAAUAAAAGAGUCCAGAUCAGCAGGGAUGGACAGGAAUUAGAACCCCAAGUUGGUGGCCAACUGCUUCUGCUAUGGGAGAGAAUCUCUGGGAAUCAACAGACAAAACCUCAACAUCAAUGA